AUGCCUGAGGAAGCGGCGAUUUCGGCACAAAGCCUGACCCCCGAAAGGCAGCUUUUAGCCUCAUGGCGACUCACAACUGUUAUUGGCAGCUUGUGUCUUGGUGUAUUUCUCUUUGGUCUAGAUGUCAACAUCAUUUCCGUCGCUAUUCCACACAUUACAACUGAAUUUCAAUCCUUAGCAGACGUAGCCUGGUACGGUUCAGCGUACAUGCUCACACUAACUGCAUUUCAGCCCAUGUUUGGCAAUCUUUACAAGUACUUCAAUGCUAAAGUGGUCUACUUGACUUCGCUCGUUAUUUUCGAGGUGGGUUCUGCCAUCUGCGCGGGCUCGCCGUCGUCUGCUGUGCUCAUCUUUGGACGGUCAUGGCUUGGUCUAGGAGCCGCAGGUCUCCUCCAAGGAGCUCUUGCUAUCAUUGGGCAAACUGUCACGAUCGACCGAGUGCCCUUAUUCCAGGGAAUAGUCGUCAGCUCGAUGGCAGUGGCUGUCUGCUGCGGGCCCGUCAUUGGUGGCGCUCUUACACAAUACACGAGCUGGCAUUGGUGUUUUUGGAUCAAUCUCCCCGCCGGUGUGUGUGUCAUCAUCAGCGUCAUACUCUUCGUACCCCUCGGAGAGCCCUCGCAGGAUGGCAAUAAAGCCUUGUCGCUGCGUGAGAAGUUGAUGCAUAUGGAUGCUCCGGGCCUUGUGCUGUUCCUGGGCGCGAUGUGCUGCAUCCUGCUUGCAUUGACUUGGGGUGGUACUGUGUACUCCUGGAACGACCAAAGAAUCGUGGGGCUCUUUGUUGGCUUUGGAGUAAUGAUGGUAAUCUUUAUUUACUGGCUAAUCAGACAGGGAGAGCUUGCCCUUAUCCCUGUUCGAGUGUUAAAGACACGUUCAGUAUAUGUUGGAGCCAUAUGCCUACUAGGUUUUGGCGGAGUUUCCGUAGUUUACGGAUACUACCUCCCCAUCUUGUUCCAAUCUGCACAGGCCGUGUCUACCACCGAAAGUGGGCUACGAUACAUUGCCCUCGUAGGCCCUCAAAUAGUCUCCUUGAUCAUUAUCGGAGGAUUAGUCACCAAAUGGGGGUAUUACGUUCCAUAUAUGGUAGCCGGAAGCGCCCUUUGCAGUAUUGGUGCUGGCCUUCUCACAACCGUCACGCUCUCCACUCCCACCACACAUUGGGCUACCUUCCUCGUCAUAACCGGAAUCGGUCUUGGUAUGGCAGGUCAGCUUCCGUACACAGCUUUACAGGCAGUUCUUGCUCCUGAGGAUGUUGCAAUAGGGAAUGCUCUCAACGUGUUCUCAUUCCACUUGGCAGGCGCUGUGGGAACUGCCGUUGGCCAGGCACUCCUGCUCGAUGGGCUCAAGGUUGAAGUACCACGGUACACAGACGCCGUAACCGCUCGCGAAGUGAUCCAAGCCGGUGCUACAGGUUUGGAAAACGUGGCCAAGUCCCCUGUGGUGCUCCACGCAUUGCGUGCAGCAUAUGCUCAGGCGGUUCGCCGCACAAUCAUUCUUGGCCUUGCAGGUAUCUGCUUGGUCGUCCCUAUCUCCUUCGCGAUGGAGUGGGUCAACAUCAAGGAGGUGGCUGAGACAAGGCUCCGCUUGGGUGAAUCUCAACAGCUACAAUCCGAGAGCAAGGACCCUCACACUUCGGCCGAGAAGGUGAAUGAUGUUUAA